UUUUGUUCUACUGAACGCAGCCAUUGGCAUCGUAGUUGAUGAUGUGCACGGUUGUGCAGAGCGCGCCUCAUACUGGGCUCGGCUAGAAGUGAUCUAUGACCUCUCUCCAUCUUCUCUCUGCUGGCCGUAGCUAUUUCCAAACACAGUUUAAUUUUUAUACUUUUAGUUCUUCAAUGGUAACUCGGAAAGUAAUGGAAAAUAAUUUUUUGUGAAUCUGUGUGGCGUUUUUGUGAAGAAAUAAAUUUCAUCCAUAUUAUCAAUAACAUCAAAAACACUAUCGUCUAAAAGAUAUAAGGUAGUGACCCUUGGUUUACACUAUGGCGAAAAUGGAAUAUGCUCUGGAUGAUUUAUUUACCUGGAUAAAACGUGCCUUUCCAAUGCCUAACACAGAGAUUGAAGAUGAGUGUACAGAGGAGGAAGUUGAAGAUAUAUUGAUAAACAUACGAGCUCUAAAUAUAAUAUCUUUUGUUGAGGAUCUCGUUAUUCAUGAUGUAGAGCAGUAUAUUCGUUGGCAUGUGGCUCCAAUGUUCUGGAAGAAGUUUAAAAACACAGAGGAUAGUCAACAGGGUUUUGAGUUAUUCAAGACUGCUGUGGAUGAUCUAUACACUAGCCUCACAAAGUUCCUACCACUUUUAAAGAGAUUAGAGUAUUUGAAGCAAGACAAGAAUGAUAAGGAUAUGUUGACCACAAGUAGUAAUAUACAAGCACAGUUCAAACUAACCGUACGGGCAACAUUAUUGAGCCAACUACCUCUAUGUCAUGAGUGUAUUGUGGGACAUUUCUAUAAGAUUGCUUUCAAUGUAUUCUGCAACACGGAUAAUUUGUCACAAGAAAAAGAAGAGACAUCACUCAACGAGGUCCAAUGUACAGGAUGCAACCAGGAGAUGGAGAAAUGCCAAUGUCAAAUGAUAGUUUACAUGUUCCAUGAAACAAACAGAAAGCUCAUUGAGCUAGAACUAUUGGAGAGACUAGUGGGAAACAUGCUCACAUCGCUAAUUCAUAUUCGCAUCGAGAAUCACGUGAUUCAGUCGUGCGACAAGACGUUUGACGUUUCUCAAUUGAUCCCGUUGGAAAAUUGGCUCGAGACGGUCGUUAUGAGCUGGUUGAUACGCAUUUAUUCCGGCGGUUUCUCCAAAACGGUGGCGCUCAGCGACGAAGUACGCAAUGCCAUAAACACAUUCAAGCGAAAGCUGUCUCACUUCCUAUAUGAGACGUAUAUCAAGGUCAGGGUCGAUCAUCUCUUUAGUAUAAUCAUAGAGUAUCCAGAGUCGCAAGCAGCGGUGGAGGAUUUGCGGAUUUGCCUGGAACGAACUGAUCUACGUAGAUUUCUCGUCAACACCCUGCAGGAGGCAAUCAAAACGCGUCUCUUGCAUCCUGGCGUGAACACACCUGACAUAGUAACCGCUUACAUCGCCGCGAUCAAGGCGUUGAAACACCUAGACUCGACCGGAGUUCUUCUGGAGACCGUGACGGAGCCUGUCAAGACUUACUUGAAGAGUCGAGAGGAUACCGUGCGCUCCGUAGUCAACAGCUUACUCGAUGAUUCACCGAGCGAAUUGGCCGACGAAUUAGCGAAGGGUGAAUGUCUGCAAUUGGACGAUGGUUCGGCAGAUGACGAGACCGAGGAUUGGGAGAAGUGGAUGCCCGAUCCGGUGGACGCUGAUCCCGGUAAAUCGACCCAACGCAAAGAUGUCGACAUAAUCUCGUCGUUGGUAAACGUUUAUGGCAGCCAAGAUCUAUUCGUCAAUGAAUACCGUACAUUACUCGCGGAUAGAUUACUGUCGCAAUUGAAUUAUCAUACAGAGCGUGAGAUUCGUCAUUUGGAGCUGCUGAAGAGACGCUUCGGCGAGAAUCAGCUACACUACUGCGAGGUCAUGCUGAAGGAUGUGUACGAUUCCAAGAGGAUAGACGGCAACAUCCACUCAGACACUAGCUACAACCUACACCGCGAACAUUUUCCCACGUCGGCGCUUAUACUCUCCGCGCAGUUUUGGCCGCCGUUCAAGGAGGACUGGAAGCUGGAGUUGCCGAGCGUCGUACAGGAUCAACUGAACAAGUACGUGAAGGCGUUCGAGGCGUUGAAGGGCAACCGAACGCUCUGCUGGAAGCCACACUUAGGCAACGUCAAUUUGGAGAUCGAGUUGAAAGGUAGAAAAUUGGACAUCAACGUUACGCCGGUGCACGCGACUAUCAUCUUGCAUUACCAAGAUAAGAAUGAAUGGGCUCUGGAGGACCUGGCGGAGGUGAUGCACGCUCCACCGACUGUUCUGCGACGCAAGAUAGCGUUCUGGGUGUCGCAAGGUCUGCUGAAAGAAACUACAAACGACGUGUAUGUGCUGCAAGAGGAAAGUACGUACAUGAGCCGCUUGUCGGCGGACAUUGUCGAGGAGGAGGAGAGUGAGAGUGCGAUGGCCUCAGCCAGCGAUCAGCGGGAGGAAGAGUUGCAGGUGUUCUGGUCGUAUAUCGUCGGGAUGUUAACAAAUCUUGACUCGAUGCCGCUAGAGAGGAUACACCAGAUGCUGAAGAUGUUCGCAUCGCAAGGACCGGGCACUGUGGAGUGCGGCUUGCCUGAAUUGAAGCAUUUCCUUGACCGUAAAGUCCGAGAACAUCAGUUACUAUUCACUGGCGGUCUGUAUCGCUUGCCGAAGUCGAUCAUGUAAAACGUGUGUUACGUUUUAAGGCCAGUCUUUGUACUAUAUGUAUAUUGUAUAUGUGAUAGAUAUUUUUCUGAGCAUAAAUUUCAAUAGCGACAUUCGAUCACGAUGUGAGUCGCAAAAUAAUUUAAGUAGUCAAGUGAUGCACUAUAAAGUGAUAACAAUUGUUCAAGUGAUAAAAUUAUCAAGUGAGUUUCAUCUUUUGUCCAUAGACCGCGAUGUAUUCUUUUUUUCUACAAUAUCUCGAAUGUAUUUUGACAUUGUUGUUUUUGUGAUAUUGAAUGUCCUCAUAUUUCGAUAUCUCGCUGACGCUGACAUCAAUUCAAACGUAAAUAUGAUCGUGCAGUGUCAAAUAAGUGUGUCGAGUAUUGAAAAAAUAUUUUUAUUGCCAUUCAUCGUAGUAUUUAUACAUAUCUGUAUAAACUAUUUCGUUUGCACUUUCACUGCAUACCUCGUGAAUUUACUUUCAUUUUUUCAUUUCUUUUUUUUCUUGUAAGUAGCGUACAGUACUACGAUUCGUAAUCAUUCAGAUCUUGCAGAGAUUUCGAUAAAUCAGGAUUGCUUUGCAUUGUCACUUAUACAAUAAUAUUGCCACGUAUCCUGCACAUAUCAACAUUAAAAUAAAAUAUGAAACUAAAAAAUUAUAUCGUAAUAAAUUUCGGCAAAAGAACUAUAAUAUAUAUAGUUCUAUAUACAUAUUACAUAAUAUAAUAAAUGUAAAUUCGCAUGCCAUAAGAUCUAACAAGAUUGCCUGCACAUAUAUAAUAUUUCUUAUAUAAAUUUGUAUGUAUACACGUGUAUAUAAAUAUGAUAACAGAAUACAAAUAAAUUACACUGGUGUUUACUUCUAUUUAGCUAGUGAAAAUAUUGCUAGAAAUGUAUAGAAUGUUUGUAUAUGCGUGAUCGAAUAUAUUAUAAUUAUUAUUCAUACAUUGUGACUUUUUUUCUACAAUUCGAAAUUUUGCCAACUGUGCAAACUUUUUUAUUUUUUCAACACGAUGGGUACCUGCUAGGAAUAUAGAUCCAUUCUUUU